AUGGGUCCGAAACAAAAGGGAGGCGGCUCCAAAUCGCGGGGCAAUGCGACAGAGGAAGUCGAAGAGACCCUGCAGGCUGUGGUCCUCGCAGAUACCUUCGAAACUCGAUUCGAGCCCUUCACUCUUGACAAGCCCCGGUGUCUCCUACCGCUGGCCAAUACUCCCUUAAUCGAAUAUACCCUGGAAUUCCUCGCCAACGCCGGCGUGGAGGAUGUCUUCCUCUACGCAGGCGCUCAUUCCGAUCAAUUAGAGAAAUACAUCAAUGCAUCGAAAUGGAAAGCUUCGUCCUCGCCCUUCAAGCAAUUAUCCUUUCUCAAAUCCGUGUCGAGCUCGGUUGGAGAAGUAAUGCGAGACUUGGAUUCCAAGCACCUCAUCACAGGAGAUUUCCUCGUCGUCAGCGGCGAUGUCAUCAGCAACCUGCCCAUCGAAGCCGCCCUGACAAAGCACCGGGCUCGCCGCGAAGCCGACAAAAACGCGAUCAUGACUAUGGUUCUACGGGAGGCCGGUCGAAACCAUCGCACCAAGUCCACCUCAAUCUCUCCAGUCUUUGUGAUCGACCCGACCAAAGACCGUUGCCUCCACUACGAAGAGAUCGACCACCACUCCGAGGAGAGCCAUGCUCGUUUGAACAUCGAUGCCGAGAUUCUUCUGACACAUGCGGAGCUUGAUAUCCGACAAGACUUGAUCGACUGCAGUAUUGAUAUCUGCACACCCGACGUUCUGGGCCUCUGGUCUGAUAGCUUCGACUACCAAAGUCCGCGGAAGCAUUACCUGUUUGGUGUGUUGAAGGACUAUGAGCUGAACGGCAAAACAAUCCACACACACAUCAUCAAGGAUGCCUAUGCUGGUCGAGUCCGUAACUUAAAAGCAUAUGAUUCUAUCAGCAAGGACAUCAUAUCCCGUUGGACUUAUCCUCUGUGCCCCGACACCAACUUGCUUCCCGGGCACACUUAUGAUCUGCGUAAGGGCAGUUUGUACCAAGAGCAGGGCGUGUUUCUUGCCCGAUCCUGCGUUAUUGGGCGUCGCACGGUCAUUGGACGCGGCACCAGCAUCGGUGACCGAACAACAGUUCAUUCUACUACAUUGGGCCGCAACUGUAAGAUCGGACGAAAUGUUAAGCUCGAAGGAGCCUAUAUCUGGGAUAACGUCGUUGUCGGCGACGGCUCUGAUAUCCGCGGCGCGAUCAUCGCAGAUGGUGUCGUCAUUGGCAAGAAUUGUACCGUCCAGGCCGGCGCUCUACUUUCGUACAACGUGAAGAUUGCAGACAGCGUUAAUGUGAGCAGCGGGAAACGAAUCUCCAGGUCCAAGCGUGAUGGCAGCGUUGCUCCCACCGAGGUGGAUGUGGUCGGCGAAGGCGGAGAGGGAUAUGAGUUCAUCCAAGGCGAGGAUGAAGAUGACGAUCCGGAUGACGUUAGUGUCGCAUCCUCUGGACUCGUGUAUCGCAUGCCAGGACUUUCGCUCUCCUCUGCCUCAAUCUCCACAUUGUCAUCCGAAUUGUCGGAAGGCUCCUGGGGACGGUCUGCCCGAAGCAGUUUCUCUGAUAGCGCGGAGCGAGACGACAAUUUCAACGCGGAUGCAACGGGCAGUGUCCUUGAGAGUCUGCGUGAGGGUGUCUCUGCCGACGUGGUACAGCUGGAGCUGGUUAGUUUGCGUAUGACUGCCAAUGCCUCGGACAUUCAGGUUCGCCGGGCGAUCGUCACUUCAUUCAUGCAAUACAUUGAGGAGCUCAUGGCCAAGGGCAAGGGCGCCAGUCAAGCCAUCCACCAGGUCUUCUCGCAGUACACCGAGGUGGUGGACCGAACUUUGUUCGAUCGGAAUAAGGACGACAAGAAAGAUCAGGUUGAUCUACUACUUCAGCUCCAGCAGGACUUGAUCAGCAGGGAGAAGGGUGAUACUGUCCUUCUGUUUACGGCGAAGGAGCUAUAUGAGCUUGAGUUGGUAGACGAAGAAGCAUACGAGCAGUGGUGGAAUGAUGAGCGGUCUAGCGAGAGUGAGGAGAUGAAGAAGGUGCGCGGUCAGGCGCAACAGUUUGUGCAGUGGUUGGCCGAUGCAGAGGAAGAAGAAAGCAGUGAGGAGGAAGAGAGCGACGAGGAGUAUGAAUCAUUCUGCCUGCAUUAUUUAUCAUCUCGCCCCCCCCUUCUUCCCCACUCCCCCUCCGAACCACCACUCGAACCGCCCAAUUUUCCCGGUGACGUUGUGGCUCACCACCCUCUUUUCAACCCCCUUCACCCCGGCUACCUGCCACCCAUUUCCAUCACGCCUCCCUCUACGCGGAAGAGAAAGGCAGCCGAGGCGGCGAUUACGGACGACCAGCCUCUCCCCGAAUCCGCCACCAAGGCUGCCCAUACCGGAAACGCCACCCUUGUCGGUCGCUCGCGCAAGCCUAAGCCUAAGCCCGCUUCGACGGGUCCCGCGACCACCUGCCCCCAGUCCACCGAGUCGGCCAGUUCUGCGAGUUCCACCUGUCAGAAGAAAAGAGAGCUCGCGACUCCCGCGACCACUGAAGCCAGUAUGGACUCUGACGACGAUUUCAUGAGCGAUGUCUCCAGUCAGGACGACUUCUUGGACAUGCAGGGGAGUGAUGAUGAGAGUCUAGGCGAAGCAAUAGACUUUGGUGAUUUAGAUACCGGCUUCUCCGACGACAAGGACCUUCUCAAGCAGAAGCGGAAACCAUAUGAGGUCGAAUUCAAAGUUCUCAACCCCCCAGAAAUCGAACGCGAACAGCUUUCGGCCGCGAUCCUCAUGCGGUUUGGUCGUUGGAAGCAGGAGAAACUCAUCGAGGGGUACAUGGAGCACCCAGAGGAGACAUUAGAAGAAGCUGGGUUAGGAACCAACUUUGAAGGCACGGCGAAAACGGAGGUCGUUCCAGGUUUCAGCUGUGAGAUUUGUUGUGAGGAUGGCGAUGACCUCGAGUCGUAUGCGAUGCGCUGCGGGCACCGUUUUUGUGUCGACUGCUACCGACACUAUCUUGGACAAAAGAUUAAGGAAGAAGGAGAAGCCGCGCGGAUUCAAUGUCCCGGAAACAAAUGUCAUCGCAUCGUCGAUUCGAGGUCACUUGAUCUGCUUGUUACGGACGAGCUCAAGGGCCGGUAUCGCACACUCCUCACGCGAACCUAUGUCGAUGAUAAAGAUAACCUACGAUGGUGCCCGGCACCAAACUGCGAAUAUGCGGUCGACUGCGCAGUGAAAACCCGCGACCUUCGACGCAUAGUCCCAACCGUCCGGUGCAUAUGUAAACAUGAAUUCUGUUUCGGCUGCUCUGUCGCCGAUCAUCAGCCUACCCCAUGUACACUGGUCAAGAUGUGGCUCCAAAAAUGCGAGGACGACUCCGAGACUGCCAACUGGAUAUCAGCCAACACCAAAGAGUGCCCCAGAUGCGUAUCUACGAUUGAAAAGAAUGGUGGUUGUAAUCAUAUGACCUGCCGUAAGUGCAAGCACGAGUUCUGCUGGAUGUGCAUGGGUCUCUGGUCUGAACAUGGCACCAGUUGGUACAACUGCAACCGCUUCGAAGAAAAGUCUGGACACGAUGCCCGCAGUGCCCAGGCGAAGUCGCGUGCGUCUUUGGAGCGAUAUCUUCAUUACUACAACCGCUAUGCGAACCACGAGCAAUCGGCAAAGCUGGAUAAGGACCUUUACCUCAAGACCGAGAAGAAGAUGACUAGCCUGCAAUCACAAUCUGGACUAUCCUGGAUCGAGGUUCAGUUCCUCGACACCGCAUCUCAAGCAUUGCAGCAGUGCCGCCAGACCUUGAAGUGGACAUACGCUUUUGCGUUUUACCUCGCGCGGAAUAACAUUGCGACAAUCUUUGAGGAUAAUCAGGCGGACCUGGAGAUGGCCGUGGAGGGUCUCAGUGAGAUGUUCGAGAAGCCUGUCUCGGAACUCGCUGAACUGAAGGUGGAUAUUCUGGAUAAAACCGCCUAUUGCAAUAAGCGUCGGGUCAUCCUAUUGAGCGAUACCGCAGAGAAUUUAAAGAAUGGAGAAUGGUCGUUCAAUGUCGAGUGGUAG